AUGGCUUCUGGUCGGCAUCGGGAUGAUCUAAUUAUUUCGUCUAACUAUGAUCUUGGUAAUUUGUCUUUCAAAGGUAAAACUGGAGAUAUUUUGAAAACUUUACUUAUAUAAGCACAACAACAGUGACCACAUUGUUGGAUAGUAAAUUUCCAGACCCCAUUCUGUCUACCAAGGAUAAAUCGUCACAUGUCGCCCAAACUACGUUGGAAGCUGGCAGAAAGGGUAUGUACAGUGACAGUAUUGAACCUAAUCGUGAAACAGUAAUACCUGUUUAUGACAGCUCAACUGUUUAUGAUAGUUUAUCUCCAGACCAACUACAGGAAUUUAUUGAUGUAUCACACCAGAAGACCUUGGCAUAUGAAUUAUCCCUUGCCCCAUCUAUUGACAGUUCAACCCCUUUUAAGCCACAACCUGUCAAAAUCAUCAACCCUGAACCCUGUACAAGAACAGUUUAA